UCUUUCUCUCCUUUGUUGAUACGACGCGCUGGCUGUGUCCAGCUCUCUCUCUCUCUCUCUCUCUCUCUCUCUCUCUAAACCCCAGAUCCACUUUCAUAUCUCUACCUCACCUUAUAAAUUCUCAAGAACUUCUCCUCGGAAAGUUAAAGGGCGGGGAAAAAAACCCUAGUUUUUCUCAGAUCUGGGCGAUCUCCAGCUGAAGAAAGAGGUAAUAUUAAGGCUUAAUUAUAUGUAAAAAAUGGCAUUUGGGAAAAACCAACGAAGUGAUCCUAGGAGAUCAUCAUCAUCAUCAUACUGUUCAACGGUGACUAUUGGAGUGUUCGUUGCCCUUUGCUUGGUUGGGGUAUGGAUGAUGACAUCAUCAUCCGUCGUUCCUGCUGAAAGUGUAGAAAUGUCUCCAAAGGAGACCAAAACAGAGGUGAAAGAACAAGUGGUUGAGACUGAGGCUCGCCAAUUUGAGGAUAGCUCAGGAGAUGUACCUGAAGAUGCUACGAAAGGAGAUGCUAACACCGAUGCUCAGGAUGGAACCAGUUCUGAAGAAAAUCAAAGCCAAAAUCUAUCUGAGAAGACGACUGAAAAUACUGUUGAAGAGAACCAGGAAGAGAACUCUGUAAGGGAGAGUGAGGACACAAAGAAUGGUUCAGAUGAUACAUCUAAGAAUGAAAGCGGCAAUGAUGGGGAUGGCAAGGCUGACAGUGGAGAAAAUAAUACGGAAGGCGGAGAGGUGAAUUCGGAAAGCAAAGAAACAAAUACAGAAGGUGGUGAAACAAAUGAGAAUGGGCAUGCAGAUGGUCAAGACAAGGAAUCUGAUGGGGAGAAGAAAGAAUCAGAGGAGAGCUCAGGUGAAAAAGUGCAAGGUCAGAUAGAGGAGAAGGUGGAGCAAAAUCAAGGCAACGGGUCAGAACAAAAUUCUGGUGAGAACAAGAUCAAGGAACAAGUGAAAGGCCAGAGUUCUAAUGAGGUGUUUCCUGACGUGGCGCAAUCUGAGCUUCUGAAUGAGACCAGCACUCAAAAUGGGGUGUGGUCGACUCAAGCUGUAGAGUCGAAGAAUGAGAAGGAAGUACAACAGUCAUCGUCUAAUGGCCAGAGUGGGUACAAAUGGAAACUUUGCAAUGUCACUGCUGGAGCAGAUUACAUCCCUUGCCUUGACAAUUUGGCAGCUAUUAAGAAGCUUCAUAGUACUAAACACUAUGAACAUCGAGAGAGGCAUUGUCCCGAAGAGGGCCCUACAUGCCUUGUUCCUGUUCCUGAAGGAUACAGACGGUCAAUUGAGUGGCCCAACAGCAGGGAUAAGAUAUGGUACUUUAAUGUUCCUCACACCAAGCUUGCAGUUGUGAAGGGGCACCAGAAUUGGGUGAAAGUUACUGGCGAGUACCUCACUUUUCCCGGUGGUGGCACCCAAUUUAAGAAUGGUGCUCUGCAUUAUAUUGACUUCAUUCAGGAGGCUUUGCCUGAUAUAGCUUGGGGGAGACGAAGCCGUGUGGUAUUGGAUGUUGGUUGUGGGGUGGCAAGUUUUGGAGGAUAUCUCUUCGAUAGAGACGUUCUUACCAUGUCCUUUGCUCCCAAGGAUGAGCAUGAAGCUCAAGUCCAGUUUGCACUUGAAAGGGGGAUCCCGGCUAUAUCUGCUGUGAUGGGCACCAAGAGACUUCCCUUUCCUGGCAAGGUCUUUGAUAUUGUUCAUUGUGCACGCUGUCGGGUCCCCUGGCACAUUGAAGGUGGUAAACUUCUCUUGGAGUUAAAUCGUGUAUUGCGACCUGGGGGUUACUUUGUGUGGUCUGCUACUCCAGUUUACCGAAAAGGGCCAGAAGAUGCAGGGAUAUGGAAUGCCAUGACUGCACUGACAAAAUCAAUGUGCUGGGAUCUGGUGACAAUUAAAAAUGACGAGUUGAACGAAGUGGGUGUAGCGAUUUUUAAGAAGCCUUCUUCUAAUGAAUGCUACGAGAAAAGAACGGAGAAUAACCCUCCCCUUUGCAAAGAAAAUGAUGAUCCGAACGCUGCCUGGAAUGUUCCCUUGGAGGCAUGCAUGCACCGGGUUCCUGUAGGUGCAGGAGAGCGUGGGUCACAAUGGCCAGAGCAAUGGCCACUAAGGUUGGAGAAACCACCUUAUUGGUUAGGCAAUUCUCAGGUUGGAGUUUAUGGCAAAGCAGCCCCUGAGGACUUCCUAUCAGACUACCAGCAUUGGAAGCGUGUUGUUAGCAAGUCAUAUAUGAAUGGGAUGGGAAUCAACUGGUCUACAGUGAGGAAUGUCAUGGACAUGAGAUCUGUCUAUGGAGGUUUUGCUGCAGCCUUGAGAGACAUGAAGGUGUGGGUCAUGAACAUAGUCUCAAUUGAUUCAGCAGACACGCUUCCCAUAAUUUUUGAACGGGGUCUGUUUGGGAUGUACCAUGACUGGUGUGAGUCAUUCAGCACAUAUCCUAGAACAUAUGACCUUCUCCAUGCAGAUCAUCUCUUCUCCAAAGUCAAGCAGAGGUGUAACUUAGUGGCUGUGAUUGCUGAAGUCGAUCGGAUACUGAGACCGGAAGGAAAGCUGAUUGUACGCGACAGUGUUGAUGUCAUCAGCGAGGUAGAAAACAUGGCGAGAUCAAUGCAGUGGGAGAUCCGCCUGACUUACUCCAAGGACAAGGAAGGGUUGCUGUGUGUGCAGAAGACCAUGUGGCGGCCGCAAGAGGUAGAGACAAGCAUGUCGUCCUAGGCCUAGUUUCCGCACAUUCCGAUGCCUAUGCAAAAGCUUAGGCUACUCUGUUGUUCUGUUGGCGAGUUUAGUUUCAGGUAAUACUGUGAGUGCUCUCCUGCCUGUCCAUGUAUUAUUUCUGUUAUGUUGUUCAUUUCACUGCUUUACCUCUUUCUUAAUCUUCAUUUCCUUUAUCAAAAAUGUAUUUCUUGAGAGGGGAUGGGGGGCCUGAAUUUUGUUUGUAAAAUCAUAUAUAGAUGCAUUCUUAGACUAAUGGGAAAUCCAUCAAUUCUUGCAA